UUAAAUUAAGCAAAAGAGCAUCAUGGUAUUGACGUUGAGUGUUUUAUCUCUUUGCGUUUUAGGAGCUUGGGCUCAAAUACCUCCAUUACGAAUAGUUAUCAUCGGCCAAGGGACUGUGGUAGGGUCUGUUGCUACUGAUGGCGACUAUUACGAGUUUCAUGGAAUACCUUACGCUGAUUCUACAUCUGGACCAAAUAGAUUCAAGGCACCCUCCCCGCCACCUUCAUUUCAGAGUAUGUUUAUGGCUAACAGAAGAGAUAUAAAAUGCGUAAGAGCUUUAGGUGUUGGCUACGAGGGUACUGAAGAUUGUUUAGUCGCGGAUGUUUAUACACCAACAUUGAUUAAUACUACUCGAUUACCCGUCAUGGUUUGGAUAAAGGGAAAAGAAUUCGAUAAAAUAUACGAACAUGAAUUGUCAUUCAAAAAUUUCAUGGAUAAUAAUGUGAUUAUUGUUUCAUUGAAUUAUCGCGAGUCAAUUUUGGGAUUCCUUUGCUUAGGAAAUGAAGCUGCACCUGGAAAUGCAGGAUUAAAAGAUAUAGUAGCCGGUUUGCGCUGGGUCAAACAAAACAUAGGCCAGUUCGGUGGAGAUCCUGAUAAUAUAAGUCUCUUCGGACAUGGGAGUGGUGCUGCUGCAGUUGAUUUGGUAUCUCUGUCUCCAUUUGCUGAUGGUCUUAUUAAUAAAGUAAUUGCUCAAAGUGGAACUGCGAUGUCACCAUGGGCAGUGACACGAGACAACCUAAAAUACGCAGUAGACGUUGCUGAAGCUCUUGGGCAUACUAUCAAUACUAUUCAUGAUCUGACGGAUGCUUUUAAAAGAACGAGCAUAGCAGCUCUUAUGGCUGUAAUCAAUGAACUUGAUCUUACCGAUAAUUCACUAGCAUUUGCACCGUGCGUUGAGCGAGAAGAUAUAGAAAAUGUAGAACCAUUCCUUACAAAAUCCCCAUACACAAUUUUAACCGAAGGUUCAUAUUCUCGUAUACCGUUUAUGACUGGCUUUGUGGAUUACGAAGGAACGAUACGAGCUGAAGAAGCUUUUGAAGACGAUUGGUUAGAAAAAAUGGAAGAGUCAUUUGAUGAUUUUGUCCAGCCCGAUUUAAAAUUGGAAAACGAUGAGAAUGGUUUAGAAACAAUACAAAAUAUAAGGUCAUUUUACUUUCGUGACAAUAUUAUUAAUGAAACACAAAUAAAGAAUUUCCUUUCAUAUCAUGGUGAUACUAUGAUUUUGGUAUCGGCGAUAAGGGAAGCUAGUUUAAGAGCCGCCUCCGAUAGCCCUGUUUAUUUGUAUCAAUUCUCUUAUAAGGGACUGCUGGGGGAUCCCUUUGUGGGUCCUAUAGAAGUAAACAGUGCAGCUCACAGUGAAGAACUAGCCUAUUUAUUUUACCAUGAAUCGGAAUCAGAAACAUCAAUAAUGGAUUUAGCUGUAAGAGAUAUAUUGGUAGAACGAUGGACAAACUUUGCUAGAACUGGAAUACCAGGAAGCGAAUUCUCGCAAGUAUUAUGGAAGCCAUUCACAAAUUCGAAUGCAAACUAUUUGAGAAUACUAGACGAUGAAGAAGUUAAUGAACGUCAAGGAGGAAGUUUAGAAGCAAAUUUAACCAAUCCCCACCCUGACACUAUAUUUUUCUGGGAACAGAUAUACAAUAAGCAUUUUGUAGAUGCUGUCGGUAGGUGGGAUCUUGAUGAUAGGGGUGAAGAUGAUGAUAAUGAUGUUAUCAUUGAUAAUGGAAGUGGAGAAGAAGGAAGUGGAGAUGACGGAAGUGGUGAUGAAGGUAGUGGGGAUGAGGAAGGUAGCGGGGAAAUAGAAGGAAGUGGUGAGGAAGAUGAUGAAGAUGACAGUAAUUCUGCACCUAGACUUGUCGGGUACAGCUUUUUAAUAAUACCAAUAUUUUCAUUAUUAAAUAAAUUCCAUAUAUUAUAAAUUACUUCAAAGGCUUACUGCAGUAGACACAUAGCUACUGUAACCAAGUCUUUAUUUUUGUCACACUUUAAUACAUUUCAAUAACGAAAUAUAUUAUAAGAUCUAUUUAUAUAGAUGUUAAAAGUGUUUUAGUUUUUAAAAAUAUUAUUUCAAUAACAUUAAUAAUUCGACUAACCAAGCAUAAGGUUCAUAAUAAAAUAAAGGAUGUUCUAAAUAUAGGUGUCAAUAAUUAAAAUUAAAAAUCUUAAUAGCUAUAGACUAUGUGAGGGAAGUGAAGUUGCGUGCUGAUGAAGCUUUAAAGUUCACGCAGGUCACGACGCUAUGUACUGAUACGGAGGUCAGAAGGUCAGGUGGUGCCCUAUGCGUUUAUGCAAACAAGCGGCCGUGGGCGGCUUGAAUGUCAUGUGGACACUUUUAGAUCCGCCAUACGCCUACUUUGUCUUCAACAUGAUGCUUUUGUGAACACUGAGAUUUCUCCUCUAUUCGAAACAAACUACUGUAUUUUCCCGUGCAUUCACAAACUUUUGGGGUGUUCUAACGUUUAUGUAUUUGUAUACAGUAUGUUCAAUAAUUUGUUUAUGAAUGUGAAAUAUAAUAUAAGAUGUUAAAUAAAUGCAUUUUGCUG